AUGAAAUUCGAAUUCAACGGGAAAGUAAACAGUGUUUACAGAGAGCUAAAUCAGAAAAUGGAUUCUCUAAUUGAACAUCUACGGGGAAUGGAAGACAAAAUUGCUAACCUUGCAACAACUCUGAAAAGAGAGACGGGUCGUCUUCCUGGAAGGACCGAUGCUAAUCCUGAAGCAAAACGCCAGGCAUAUGCUGUGAUGCUACGAAGUGGAAAACACCUUGAAACGAAUUCCAGAGAAGACGUCAGAAAUAAAAAACUCAUCGAUAACGCGGGAAAAAGCAAUUCCAACACUAUAAAACUGCUUGAUAACGACUCCGACUCAGAAUCAUCAGAACAUAGGAAAAAUUCUUCAAAUGAAAAGAAUAAGGGGAAAACUAUGGAUCUGGAUAAGGAGAAUCCCGAUGCCGAAGACGAAAUCGACCAUCUAGACGAACGGCAUAUCGAUCGAUCCUCUGGGAAGGAAAACGAUCGACCGUCUGGCACCAGCAGUAGCAAUACACAAUCUACCGGGAUUGAAAGAGUCUAUAGAGCUCCUCCCCCUUUUCCUCCAAACAAACCGCAAACUAAGAAAGCAUUAGAGCAUGCAAUCUGCAAAAAGGCUUUCGAUAAAAUCUAUUUCGAGACGUCCCUCAGUGACGCUCUUAAGAUAGCCCCUUCGGUGAAAAAGUACAUGAAAGAUAUGAUAUCCUCAAGUGGAGAACAAAGCGUCAUGCUAGUAUCAGAGGAAGUAAGUGCGAUAAUACAAGGAGGGACUUCAAUUAAAAGGUCUGACCCUGGUAGUUUCGUCCUAGAUUGUAAGAUACAAAACGCACGUUUCCCUCGUUCUCUCUGUGAUCUUGGCUCUAGUGUAAACCUCAUGCCACACUCUGUAGCAGUUUCACUAGGUUAUGAUGUAUUUAUUCCAACGCCUAUCACAUUAGUUCUAGCUGAUCGCUCUAUUAGGGUACCUAAGGGAAUCCUAGUGGAUGUGCCAGUCAGAAUUGAUGAAGAAGAUUCUGAGCUGGAAAAAGAGUACCUUACGGAUAUAUGUGCUACAAAUUUGUCAGAAGAUACAUUCACUCAUGAUGAACAAGAAAUUCUGAAUGUAGAUAGCAGAACAGAAGAUUAUUCGAAUCUUAUGGACGAAAGUAUCGGAGAUACAAUUGAAGAAGAUGAUGAUUCUGAAAUCAUUACGGAUAAAUUCCUUAGGGAAACUAUUGAUCGUUCAUUUUCUUCAUCGGCCAAGUGGACUAAAGAAAAAGCACCCAAAGUGGAACUGAAACCACUUCUAGCUGGCCUGAAGUAUGCAUUCCUUUACGAUAAAUCAUACCCUGUCAUUGUUAACGCUAAUCUCACGAACGGAGAGCUUGCACUACUUUUAAACAAGCUGCGCAAAUAUCGGAGAGCGAUCGGGUAUUCUCUUGAUGAUAUUCCCGGAAUAGCCCCUGAUCUUUGCAUGCACCGCAUCCACCUCGAAGAAGAUGCAAAAAAGUCUAUAGAACAGCAAAGAAGACUCAACUCAAACCUAAAAGAGGUAGUGAAAAAGGAGAUAAUUAAACUUCUGGAUGCAGGAGUUAUAUAUCCUAUCUCAGAUAGUAAAUGGGUAAGCCCUGUGCAUGUUGUACCAAAGAAAGGAGGGAUCACGGUGGUUAAAAACGAUAAAGAUGAACUCAUCCCCACACGCACUGUCACUGGACAUCGAAUGUGUAUUGAUUAUAGGAAACUGAAUACUGCUACAAGAAAAGACCAUUUUCUUUUACCUUUCAUCGAUCAACUGCUCGAAAGACUGGCUAACCAUAAAUAUUAUUGUUUUCUUGACGGAUAUUCGGGAUUUUUCCAAAUACCGAUACAUUCUGAAGAUCAAGAAAAGACAAUUUUUACUUGCCCUUACGGAACAUUUGCAUACCGUAGAAUGCCAUUUGGACUAUGUAAUGCACCAGCCACUUUCCAACGAUGCAUGAUGUCAAUAUUCACGGAUAUGAUCGAAGAUUUCAUGGAAGUUUUCAUGGAUGAUUUUUCAGUUUACGGAUCAAGUUUUAAGGAUUGCUUAGACAACCUGUGCAAGGUAUUGGAAAGAUGUGAAGAAAAGAAUCUUGUCCUAAAUUGGGAAAAAUGCCAUUUCAUGGUGAACGAUGGUAUAGUCCUGGGACACAAAGUCUCCGCAGCAGGAAUAGAAGUAGAUAGAGCCAAAAUUGAAGUAAUGACUGGUCUACCAGCACCCACAAACGUUAGAGACAUACGAAGCUUCCUUGGACAUGAUGGAUUUUACAGGUUCAUACAAGAUUUCAGUAAAAUUGCUAGACCCCUAAACAAUCUUUUGUGCAAAGAAAUUAAAUUCGAUUUUACGCCAGAAUGGAAGGAAGCCUUCGAAGCGCUGAAGAAGUCUCUUAUAACUGCCCCAGUCGUACAACCACCCGAUUGGAAUCUCCCUUUCGAGAUUAUGUGUGAUGCGAGUGAUUUCGCAGUUGGAGCAGUUUUAGGACAACAAAAAGAUAAGAAGCUACACGCUAUAUACUAUGCGAGUCGCACACUCGACGAAGCGCAACGGAAUUACUCUACCACGGAAAAAGAGUUGCUAGCAGUGGUUUAUGCCUUCGAAAAAUUCCGCCAAUACUUAGUUGGAGCACAUGUUAUAGUCCACACUGAUCAUGCUGCCAUCAAAUACUUAACAGAAAAAGAUGCUAAACCAAGACUAAUAAGAUGGAUCAUGUUACUCCAAGAGUUCGAUAUAGAGAUUAAGGAUAAAAGAAGAGUAGACAACGGUGUCGCUGAUCACCUUUCCAGGAUUCGAGUUGAGGAUAAAGUCCCUAUAGAUGAUUUCUUUCCUACAGAAAAUAUAGCUCUUUUGGACACGUCAUUCAUCGAUCGACCUUGGUAUGCUGAUAUAGUCAACUAUUUAGCCGCUGAUUUUGAACCAGAAAACUUAAAAGGCUAUGAACGAAAGAAAUUUUUUCGUGAAGUUCAGAGAUACCACUGGGAUGAGCCCUAUCUCUACAAACACUGUACUGACGGCAUAUAUAGAAGAUGUGUCUCUGAACCACAAACAAGUGGACAAGUGGAAGUGUCGAACCGACAAAUCAAGGAAAUCUUGGAAAAGACUGUCCGAAUAGAUAGGAAAGAUUGGUCUCGCAAAUUGAACAAUGCCUUAUGGGCAUAUCGGACCGCCUAUAAAACACCACUGGGCACGACACCCUUUCACUUGCUGUACGGAAAAUCAUGCCAUUUACCAGUUGAACUGGAGCACAAAGCAGCCUGGGCAACCAAAUUGUUAAAUUUUGAUAUUAAGCCAGCUGCCGAGAGACGACUAAUUCAGCUCAACGAGCUCGAUGAAAUUCGACAUUUGGCAUAUGAAAAUUCGAAGUUAUAUAAGGAACGAACAAAAGCUUAUCACGAUAAGAAUAUCCUAUCUAGACGCUUUGAACUGAAUGAUCAAGUUCUCUUAUAUAACUCCAGAUUAAACAUUUUCCCUGGAAAACUAAAAUCUCGUUGGUCAGGACCUUUUACAAUUAAGGAAGUAAAACCUUCCGGAGCACUAACGAUCGUUAGUGAAGAAGGCGACGAGUUUACAGUAAUUGGGCAGCGAGUAAAGCAUUAUUGGGCAAAACCACCAGAUAUAAAGCCCCUUUCGCUGUUACUACCCGGUGAUAACUAA